AUGUCAAAUAUAUUUGGGUUUGAUAACAUAACCUUCCUCUCGCUGGCCUCUCUUCUUUCGCUCUCAGGCUCUACGUCAAAGGACCAACUCCUAGCGAAAUUUCUUGAUCAUAUUGCCGAAACAUUUUCCCAAGAAAAAACUAUCCCACGUCAUGAACGACGGAGGGCUAAAGCGAAGAAAAACGGAGCCAUCCAUGUGACGGCCUCAGGCCUAGUCAUCGAUCACGGUGACCCGAUUAUAUAUGUUGCAAAGAAUGGGAUUGGAAGCGACGCAGAGGAAGACAUGAAGCGAAUGAAGAUAGACGGAGAAUUGGCAGAUAGUCUGACGAAAUGGAUCAGAAUCAUCGCGUCCACCAUGAAGCGACCAGCCAUCGACAAGGAUCAUAUGUGGAUGAAACUCAUCGGCUACUACAAGCAACGUCUACGUAUCUACGUAUCUCAAAUCAAAAGUUCAUCUGAGAAUGACCUCGCUGCCGCCUUCAUUGCGAAAUCGGAUGGGAUUCUGUUGGCAAAAGAAAUGUAUCAACUGUCUGCACAAUACAAGACUGACAGCAUGCCCUCGGAGGUUUUGGAACGUAUCGUAUCGAUUGCCUAUCAGCUACGUCAUGAGCCUAUGCCGAAUGGACUGACGUCUCAGAGUGAAAGGAUUCGACGCUCUGUGCGCUUUUUAGGCCGCCUGAGAUCUGUAUAUGAGACAUUCAAGGAGACCGCCAUCGAGCUUCGAUCUUUCGAAACAGUAACCAUUUCUUGUCUCCCUCCACCCAAUGCCAGAUGGCAGAAAAAGGGCCGACUGAGCCGACGGGUUCAAGACCUAAUAAAAGUGGAACGAGUUCCUCAACCGCAGAAACGCCAACUUGACGAGCUCUGGGGUCCUAAGACCGAUUUAUUGACUACCUGCCAUGCUGAGUUUCAGCUUCUUCUACAAUUCGAAUGUUCUAUUCCCCCUAACACAAAUCCUUUUCCGUAUAUCGGGUGGCCACAGUAG